AUGUCUGACGACGAGGAGAUAGUUGAUAAUCCAUGGAAGAUGGAGACGCUCAAAAUCAGUCCUGAAGACAACCCACAUGGCAUGCUUGAAGAAUCCGCAUUUGCCACCUUGUUUCCCAAAUACCGCGAAAAGUACCUAAAGGAGUGUUGGCCGCUGGUGCAGAAAAGCCUCUCCGAUUACAAUAUUCGCGCUCAGCUUGAUCUCGUCGAGGGCAGUAUGACAGUGGCCACCACUCGAAAAACGUGGGAUCCAUUUAUCAUCAUCAAGGCUCGUGAUAUGAUCAAGUUGCUAGCUCGCUCAGUGCCAUAUGAGCAGGCCGUUAAGAUUUUAGACGACGAUAAUGGCUGUGAGAUAAUCAAGAUCGGUGACAUGGUGAGCAACCGCGAACGAUUCAUCCGGCGAAGACAAAGGCUGCUCGGGCCCAAUGGAUCAACACUGAAAGCUAUCGAACUGCUUACCAACUGCUAUGUGCUAAUUCAGGGAAACACUGUCGCGGCAAUUGGUCCUCACAUGGGUCUCAAGCAAGUAAAUCGCAUUGUGGAGGAAACAAUGCGAAACGUACAUCCAAUUUACAACAUAAAAGCUUUAAUGAUUAAGCGGGAACUGGCAAAAGAUCCAAAGCUGAAGAAUGAAGACUGGUCUCGCUUUUUGCCUAAGUACAAAUCUCGUACACUUUCUAAGCGUAAGAAGCCAAAGGUUGUGCGAAAGAAGGCAGACUACACGCCAUUCCCGCCUGAACAACCGGAGAGUAAAUUGGACAAAGAACUUGCGUCAGGCGAAUUCUUUAUGAAGGAAAGGGAGAAAAAGCUAACUAAACUGCGAGAAAAGGUCGGCGGCAAGGUGAAUGCACAAAAGGCACAGCAGGAGAAGCGGGCUGCUGCCUUUGUCCCACCCGAGGAGAGUGCGGCCAACCGAGGGGGCACUGCGUCCGAUUCGAAAAAGCAAUCAAAUGAUGUUGAUCUAAACAAACUGAAGAUGAAAGUAAAGAAGAUGAAAAAGAUUACAUUAUCAAAGUAA